AUGUCCGCGUACCUCAACCCGUCGAGCCAACUUGGCUUCACCAGGCCCCUCUCCCAAACCAUAACUAGAACCCUUACAAUCACGAAUCCGAAUGAGCUGCCGAUAGCUUUCAAGGUCAAGACGACUGCACCAAAGUUGUAUUGCGUUCGUCCGAACUCUGGCCGUGUUGAACCUAACCAAAGUGUCGAUGUCUCCGUCAUCCUGCAACCUAUGAAGGAGGAACCUCCGUUGAAUGCAAAAUGCAAAGACAAGUUCCUAAUACAGACGACCUUGAUAACGCCGGAACGAGAAUCACUCCCAAUUGGAGAUCUGUGGACUGGUCCGGAGACGGAUGAUGCUACUAAAAUCCACCAGCAAAAGCUUCGUGUCGUGUACCUCCCAGCAGAGGGAGUGCCAAUUCCAGAAGAUGCGGCUGAACAACCCAGCAUGACAUUCGAACAGCGAUUCGACACGAUCAGAGAUAUAUCGACGAAUGGCCAUCCAGCUGCUCCAGAACCCCAACGAGUAUCGCCCUCACCGCCCGCCCCUGAGCGCGCAGCGUCUCCCGCGUAUCUUGUCGCACAGGAAGAGACUACUACGACUACCCAAAUCCAUCCAUCCUCUCCGACUCGUCCUCCACCGGUGCCUGCUCCCGAACCACGAGCACCAUCUCCCAUCCCAGCCCCUAUUCCAGUGUCUAUUCCCGCACCCGAACCAGUGCCUGAACCCAUCCCUGUGCCAGUGCCUGCCCCGCCAACAACCAGUCUCCCAGAAACCGAUGACCUUACCAAUCGUUAUGCCGAUGCUUUGGCUGAAAUCGGAAGACUAAGGGCACUUCUCACAGAAGCGCAGCAACGAGCUACGGCUGCCGUGCCACCUAUCGGUGUCAGACGGCGCACAACCCGUGUUGUGUCUGAAGAUGGUGACACUCUUGCUCCUGAAGGUAGCGAAGAUGAAGAAGGUACACUUGUUGACUCACUAGCAGCGCCACAGGCCGAAGGCGUCCCCGUGCACAUUGUGGCGGGUAUUGCAUUUGCUGUGUUCCUUGCUACCUACCUCUUCUUCUAGGCCAGUUGGUCAAGAGUCAACGGGUUGUUAAUUUUAUAGAUGGAUCUGCCCGUUAUGUUUUGUACGACUGACCGAAUCGAAACGUACAUAUCUCAGCUCUCCAUGGGCACAUCAGCCUUUAUGCUGAAGGGCAAUCGCUGCUGCAUCGACGAUUCUUCCAUCUUGUGCCUGUCGUCCGUCGUUCCUGCACCUUCUCUAUCUCUUCCGGUUGUGCGGUUUGAGCGUCUGCCUUGUUCACUAUCCUGCUCCUUUCAGUGAAGAACAUUGCUCACUGCCAUAUUCUUCCUGUACAUUUAUGGACGGUCU